AUGACGAGUAAUUCACAAGGGGUAAAGUUGGAUCUAGAUAUAGAUGUAGAUGCCACGACUUCGAAAGCAGAGGAGUCUACCAAGAAUGAUGACGACACUAUCGAGCAGAGCGAGAUAUUGGAGCACACUGGCAAGAUGCAGGAGGCAGGAGAAGAUAAGAUGUACGAGUCUUUGAAAGAUUUGGGUAAUGGCGCUAAUGCAAUGACCAAGGAGAUGCUACCAGUGAAAAAGAGAUUAACUUUACAAGAAAGACUAGCACUUGCGGCAAAGGGCAAGAAAAGAGUUGCAAGUGAGAAAGGUGCAAAGGAAUUCAUUGCCACCUCCCCCUCCUCUGUAUCUUCACAAGUUUCAUCCGAUGUAAGCACAAGUAAUCAAGAACCAGUAGACGAUGAAGAUGGGGAUGAGUUGGAAAAAUUACGUACAGAGAAUACCAAGCUCAAAAACCAAUUGAAAAAGAAUAAACCCUUUGAUGAGGAUAAAAACAAGUUUUUAGCCACAAUUGCCGCAAAGGAUGAUACGAUCCAACAAUUGCUAAAAGAAGGCGAGGUAUUAUCACACAAGGAGCUUAAAUUGAAUGAAACAAUCAAGAAAUUGAAAUCUGCCAAUCAGGCCCUCGAGGAAGAUUUGGCCAAUUUUUCCAAAAAACAUGAUGAGUCAUUGGUAAAACAGGAGGAAUUACAAGAUUUUUUGAGAACAAAGAAGUUUAAAACUGUUGAAAUGUUUAUUUCCAAGUACGCCGAGUUGAAUGAUAAGUUAAAGAAUUUGAAAGAGGAAAACGAACUGUUAAAAUUGACAAAGAUAAAGUACUCUGAAUUAUUAGCAUCACAUGAAGAGACUAAACUUGCCAAGCAAGAUACUGAGAAAUCGUUGGCUAAUUUGAAAAUUGAAUUUGAUAUGAAGAAAGAACAAAACAGACUUGAAAUUGCAAGUAAAGAAAAGAAAAUAAUGCUGAUCAAGAAUGACUUGGUUUUGGCUAAACAAAAUUAUAGCCAGGAGGUGACUCGUCUUGAAGAAAAAAUUGAACAACUUCGAUUAGAUGCUGAAAUUGAUAAUCACAACUCAACUACUCAAAAGGAUACUAAAGAUCUAGUGAAUUUUGAAGAUUUUAAAAAGUUAUCAGAUGCGCAUCAUUUACAACAGAAACAAUACUUAUCGGCCCAAGAGAAUUGGAACAUCAAGGAAUCAAACUUAUUGCUAAAAGUAGAAACUUUGAAAUCUUCUUUGGAAUCGGCUAAAAUGACAAAGACAAAAUUAUCCAAUGAUAUUGCAAAAGCUACCAAAACGAUUCAAACUCAAAUGACAGAACUGCUAAAAUUAAAGGAUCAAAUCAAACAACAUAUUUCAAAAAUCAAUGAUUUAGAACUAGCCCUUGAAUCAAAAGAUAGCAGUAUACAAGAACUUGAUGAAAAGCUUGAGAAAUUGAAAUCAGUAUAUAACCAAGAAAGAAUAAAUCUCAACUUGAAGAUCCUGAACUUAACCGAGGUUAUUGAAAAGAGCAAUGAGCAAAAGCAUCCAGAACCACUAAGACUCGAUACGAAAUCAAAUCGAGACAAUUUGUCUAACGCAAACUUGAGCUGGAAUGAUAUACGACUAGGCGAAUCCUCAACCACACCUGCAUUGAAUAAGGAAUAUUCAAUUUUUUUUAAUAACAGCAGUCAUAACCACUCACUGGCAUCUUUUACUGAAAUUGGCGACGAUAUGUAUGAUAGGGAACAAUCCUCAUACUCGAGUCAAGUAGGAGUAGGAGUAGGAGGUGGUGGAGUAGUAGUAGGGGGCGGUACGGGGGAAAGUUCACUUAACUUUGGUGUGCCCACAUCUAACCAGAACAACAAUAAUAAUCUACAUUUGGUGAACAAAAUGAGCUCAAACAUUCGCAGACUUGAAAUAGAACUACACACUUUGAAAGAUGAGUAUUCGAAAUUAUUAGAUGAAAAAGAAGCAAGAGAACAAGAACUAUUAAAUGCAAUGAAGAUUAAUGAACAAGUAAAUAGUUUAACACUAAAGAUCAAGGAGCUUGAAGAAACCAUAGAGGAGAAAAAUGAAAAAGAGAAAACAAUGUUGGAACUUAUUGGAGAAAAAUCCGAACAAGUUAGUGAAUUACAAGCUGAUGUGAUGGACUUGAAGGAAAUUUGUCGAUCUCAAGUUCAACAAAUGAUAGAGCUUCAAGGAUUAUAG